GAGACGGCAGCAGCCUGGAGCAGCGUUUCAGGACAAGUUAUCAUGGCGAUGAGAGACGCAUCUUCUCCCUGAGCCCCACAGCUGCAGCGGCAGCAGCAGCAGCGGUAGCAACAAGGGCAUCUAAGGAGUCCUGCCCCUGCUUUAUGAGCACACGCACCGGGGCCCGGGCCGUGCGGGGAGCUGCGGGAGAGUCAGUCCAUAUCGGAGGAGCAGGAGAAAGGACAUAGCCGGUGGCCGCAAUGGCAGCGUCGGAGCUGUACACCAAGCGUGCUCGGGUGUGGAUCCCUGAUGCAGAGGAGGUUUGGAAGUCUGCUGAGCUCACCAAGGACUACAAAAAUGGCGAUGCCUCCCUGCAGCUCAUGCUGGAAGAUGGAACGAACAUUGAGCACAAUCUUGACCCCAAGACCAAGAACCUGCCUUACCUGCGAAACCCUGACAUCCUGGUUGGAGAAAAUGACCUCACAGCGCUCAGCUACCUCCACGAGCCGGCUGUGCUCCACAACCUCAAAGUCCGCUUCAUGGACUCCAAGCUCAUUUACACUUACUGCGGAAUCGUUCUGGUGGCCAUCAACCCGUAUGAGCCACUGCAGAUCUACGGAGCAGACAUCAUCAAUGCCUACAGUGGUCAGAACAUGGGAGACAUGGACCCGCAUAUCUUCGCCGUGGCAGAAGAGGCCUACAAACAGAUGGCCAGGGAUGAGAGGAACCAGUCAAUCAUCGUGAGCGGGGAGUCUGGAGCAGGAAAGACGGUAUCAGCCAAAUACGCCAUGAGAUACUUUGCUACAGUCAGCGGCUCCGCCAGUGAAGCCAAUGUUGAGGAAAAAGUCCUGGCUUCCAACCCCAUCAUGGAGGCCAUCGGAAAUGCAAAGACCACCAGAAAUGACAACAGCAGUCGGUUUGGCAAAUACAUUGAGAUCGGCUUUGACAACCGCUACCGUAUCAUCGGUGCCAACAUGAGAACGUAUCUGCUGGAGAAAUCACGAGUGGUCUUUCAGGCGGAUGAGGAGAGGAAUUAUCACGUUUUCUAUCAGCUCUGUGCAUCGUCACAUCUGCCUGAGUUCAAGAUUCUGAGGCUGAGCAGUGCAAACGACUUCCUGUACACAAGGCAGGGCCGCAGCCCCGUCAUCGACGGUGUGGAUGACACCAAGGAACUUUGCACGACUCGCAAUGCCUUCACGCUGCUCGGUAUCAAUGAGUCCUAUCAGAUGGGCCUGUUCCAGGUUUUGGCUGCGAUUCUUCAUCUUGGAAACGUGGAAAUAAAGGACAGAGAUUCAGACAGCAGCAUCAUUGCUCCAAACAAUAGCCACCUGACUGCGUUCUGCGAGCUGGUGGGCGUGACCUACCAGGACAUGUCUCAGUGGCUGUGCCACAGGAAGCUGAAGACGGCCAACGAGACUUAUAUCAAGACCCUCCCUCGUCUACAGGCCACCAACAACCGUGACGCGCUCUCCAAACAUAUCUACGCCAAGCUCUUCAACUGGAUCGUAGGGCACGUCAACAAGGCUCUGAUCACUAAUUUCAAACAGCACUCCUUCAUCGGCGUCCUCGACAUUUAUGGGUUUGAGACGUUUGAGACCAACAGCUUCGAGCAAUUCUGUAUCAACUACGCUAAUGAGAAACUCCAGCAACAAUUCAACAUGCACGUGUUCAAGCUGGAGCAGGAGGAGUACAUGAAGGAGCAGAUCCCCUGGACUUUGAUUGACUUCUACGACAAUCAGCCCUGCAUCAACCUCAUAGAAGCCAAGAUGGGAAUCCUGGACCUGUUGGACGAGGAGUGCAAAAUGCCGAGAGGUUCAGAUGAUACCUGGGCUCAGAAACUGUACAACACCCAUCUGAAAACCUGCUCCCUGUUUGAGAAGCCACGCAUGUCCAACCGCGCCUUCAUCAUCCAACACUUCGCUGACAAGGUCGAGUACCAGUGUGACGGUUUCUUGGAGAAGAACAAGGACACUGUGAAUGAAGAGCAGAUCAACGUGCUGAAGGCCAGCAAGUUUGACCUGCUGGUGGAGCUGUUUCAGGACGAGGAGAAGGCAACAAGUCCCACUGGUCAGGUCGCUGGGACGGGAGGUCGCACCCGCCUCAGCAUCAAACCUGACAAGGGUCGGGAGACGAGCAGCAAGGAGCACAAGAAGACUGUCGGCUGCCAGUUUCGUAACUCUCUGCAAAUGCUGAUGGGGACUUUGAAUGCAACCACUCCACAUUACGUCCGCUGCAUCAAACCCAACGACUUCAAGCUGGGCUUCACGUUUGAUCCUAAACGUGCCGUGCAGCAGCUCCGAGCCUGUGGUGUCCUGGAAACCAUCCGCAUCUCUGCUGCAGGUUUCCCAUCUAGAUGGACAUACCAGGAGUUCUUCAGUCGUUACAGAGUGCUAAUGAAGCAGAAGGACGUGCUUCAAGACAAAAAGUUGACCUGUAGAAAUGUUCUGGAGAAACUAGUGGAGGACCAAGAUAAAUACCAGUUUGGUAAGACUAAGAUCUUCUUCAGGGCUGGCCAGGUUGCAUAUCUUGAGAAGUUGAGGGCAGACAAGUUGCGUGUUGCCUGCAUCCGCAUCCAGAAAACCAUCCGCUGCUGGCUGGCACGCAAGAAGUACCUGCGCAAGCGCAGCGCAGCAAUCACCAUCCAGAGGUUCACCAGAGGAUACCAGGCACGCUGCCUGGCCAAGUUCAUGCGUCGCACUCAGGCGGCCACCACCAUCCAGAAGUACCAGAGGAUGUGCAUGGAGAGGAAACGCUACAGGCAGAAGCAGGCUGCUGCCCUGGCCAUGCAGACGAUCCUGAGAGGUUAUAUAGCCAGGCUGAAGUACCAGGCGCUGGUGCGGGAGUACAAAGUGGUGAUCAUUCAGAAAAUUGUUCGUGGCUGGCUGGCUCGGUGCUGGUACAAGCGCUGCCUCUACUCCAUCGUCUACCUGCAGUGCUGCUUCCGCAGGAUGAAGGCCAGGCGCCAGCUGAAGAAGCUGAAGAUCGAGGCUCGCUCAGUGGAGCAUUUCAAGAAGCUCAACAAAGGCAUGGAGAACAAGAUCAUGCAGCUGCAGAGGAAGAUUGACGCGCAGAGCAAGGAUAAUCUGUUGGUCAUCGAAAAGCUCAACAGUCAGGAGGCCGCCUCCUCAGCAGAAAAGGAGAAAAUGCGUACCGAGCUCAAUCGGCUGCGGGGGGUGGACGAGGAGGCCAAGUCCAAAACCAAACAGGUGUCAUCGCUGCAGGAGGAGUUGGAGCGGCUGAGGAAGGAGCUGAGCACGACGCAGCAGGAGAAGAAGACCAUCGAGGACUGGGCUCAGACAUACAGGAGCGAAAUGGAGAAAAUGGUCUCGGAGCUGAAGGAUCAGAAUGGUUUGCUGAAGAAGGAGAAGGACGACUUGAACAGGUCGAUUCAGGAACAGAGUCAGCAGAUGACAGAGAAAAUGGCUCGUGUGAUAGCAGAGCAGACCCAGCAGCUGGAGACGGACCUGAACGAGGAGCGAUCUCGCUACCAGAAUCUGCUGACAGAGCACCGCCGCAUCGAGGAGAAAUACGACGACCUGAAGGAGAGGACUCUGGCCUCGAACGCUUCCAAGCCUGGCCACAGGAGAACAGAUUCCACCCACAGCAGCAACGAAUCAGAGUACACCUACAACUCAGAGUACGCCGAAUUGGAGGAAGGUUCCCGUGCCGCCGAAGAUGUGACACGAGGAAUAGAUACCUCACUGACACUCAAGCUGCAGAAACGUCUCACAGAACUGGAGCAGGAAAAGCAGUCGCUGCGUAACGAACUGGAAAACAAAGAGGACCAGUUCCAGCGGGCUAGAGCGAGGGAUGAUGUUGAGUUUAAAAAGGCUCGAGGGGCAGAGCUGGAGUACGAGUCGCUCAAGCGCCAGGAGCUGGAGUCAGAGAACAAGAAACUUAAACAUAAUCUUGCGGAGAUGAGACAAAGCCUGCUGGGUAAUGCUGCCACAAACUCCGGGGCCCCGGGCUCCCCUGCUUACAAGGUGCUGCUGGAUCAGCUCAACUCCUCCUGUGAGGAGCUGGAUGUCCGAAAGGAGGAGGUUCUGAUCCUUCGCUCGCAGCUGGUCAGCCAGAAGGAGGCCAUGCACCACAAGGAGACCAUGACAGAGCCGUCUGUCUAUGUCGAGGACGUGUCUAAGCUGAAAGAUGCUGAUGAAAUCAAACAAGCUUAUGUUGGCCUCAAAGACACCAACAGAUCUCCUAGGUUCAUGCGUAAGCCGCUGGAAGUCAGUGACCUCCUGAGUAGGCUCAGAUCCGCUGCUCCAGACUUCCAUAAGCUGAAUGAGGACGGAGAGCUGUGGCUGGUUAAUCAGGGUUUAAAGGAGACCAUCAGGUUACUGGAGCACCAGCUGCAGACUCAGCGGAGAGGUCACGAUAAUGAGGUGGAGUCGUUGCGCGGCGAGCUGCAGAAUGUCAAGGAGGAGAACAAUCGUCAGCAGCAGCUCUUGGCCCAGAACCUCCAACUGCCUCCGGAGGCCCGAAUCGAAGCCAGCCUGCAGCACGAGAUCACCCGGCUCACCAACGAGAACCUGGAACUCAUGGCCGACGACCCCACAGCAUCCAGAGAGGCUCGAGUCAUCAUUUUACGACGGAUGGUUGAUCUCAUGGAGCAGCUGGAGAAGCAGGACCGAACCAUCCGCAAGCUCAAGAAGCAGCUGAAGGUUUACUCCAAGAGGAUUGGAGAGAUGGGAGCCGGUCAAACUGAGGGCCAGACGUCUCCAGGACAGAUGGUGGACGAGCCGAUCCACCCUGUCAACAUUCCUCGCAGGGAGAAAGACUUCCAGGGGAUGCUGGAGUACAAGAAGGAAGAUGAGCUCAAACUGGUCAAGAACCUCAUCCUGGAACUGAAGCCUCGUGGUGUGGCCGUGAAUCUGAUCCCAGGUCUGCCCGCCUAUGUCCUGUUCAUGUGUCUGAGACAUGCUGACUAUGUCAAUGAUGACCAGAAGGUCCGCACUCUGCUCACGUCAACCAUCAACAGCAUUAAGAAGAUACUCAAGAAACGAGGUGACGACUUUGAGACGGUCUCUUUCUGGUUGUCGAACACCUGUCGCUUCCUGCACUGUCUGAAACAAUACAGUGGAGAUGAGGCCUUCAUGAAGCACAACACAUCAAGGCAAAAUGAACACACACUGUCCAACUUCGACCUGGCGGAAUACAGACAGGUGAUCAGUGACCUGGCCAUCCAGAUCUAUCAGCAGCUGAUCAAAUGCAUGGAGAACAUCCUCCAGCCCAUGAUAGUCUCUGCCAUGCUGGAGCACGAGACCAUCCAGGGCGUUUCGGGCGUGAAGCCCACAGGACUCCGGAAGCGGACGUCCAGUAUUGCAGACGAGGGCACCUACACCCUGGACUCCAUCCUGCGGCAGCUCAGCGCCUUCCACUCCACCAUGUGUCAGCAUGGCACCGAUCCCGAGCUGAUCAAGCAGGUGGUGAAGCAGCAGUUCUACAUCAUCGGAGCAGUCACCCUUAACAACCUGCUGCUGCGCAAGGACAUGUGCUCCUGGAGCAAGGGCAUGCAGAUCAGGUACAAUGUGAGCCAGUUGGAGGAGUGGCUCAGAGACAAAGGUCUGAUGACGUGCGGAGCCAAGGAGACUCUGGAGCCUCUGAUCCAGGCUGCUCAGCUGCUGCAGGUUAAGAAGAAGACGGACGAGGAUGCUGAGGCCAUCACCUCCAUGUGCCUGGCCCUCACCACAGCUCAGAUUGUGAAGGUCCUGAACCUCUACACUCCAGUUAAUGAGUUUGAGGAGAGAGUGUCUGUCUCAUUCAUACGAACUAUACAGACUCGUUUGCGGGAUCGUUGUGAGAGUCCCCAGUUGUUGAUGGACACAAAGAUGAUCUAUCCAGUCACCUUCCCAUUCAACCCUUCCUCCCUCGCCCUGGAAACCAUCCAGAUCCCCAGCUCGCUUAACCUGGGCUUCCUCACCCGCGUCUAAACCGUGGCCCCACAGUGUUUGUGGCUCAAUGGCUGUUGAUUGAAUUGCAACUCACAUGACACUCACUGGCCCAAUAAAAUGGAAAUAAAUAAUUCCAAACACUUUAACAGCUAGAUCUGUAUUUACACAAUUUGAGCAACUACGUCCAAAACGUGUAUUCUCAACUCACGUGAUAUAUCCGUUUUCUUAAAUAUCCCUUGUCUAAAUCUGGACAUGCAAAAACACAUAAAGCCACCACCACCACAUGCUGAACUUUUCAACAUGCAUCUGUACAAUACUCACAUCCACUGAACAUACACAUGCACGCCUACACAUGCGUGCACCUUCUCUAUUCGACAACCACGUGCACACAGAACCCACAUUCGCUGUAAACCUCCAGAAUCCGUCCCCUGCUUGUAUAAACGCCUGCCUCUUAGAGAAGCCACAGGACCGCGGCUAUGCCUCCAGCGCUCGCUCUCCAUCCACACCUGGGUGUGACCUAUCGACCCCCUGUCCCCCCCCCCCCCCCCCCCCAACCUCUUCCUGUGUGCUUCAGCUUUAGCAGUUAAGAUAGUUCUUCAUGUCAUCGUCUCCAGUGAGAAUGUGCGCACCCACACAUGAGAGCAAGGCCUAGGAGGAGGCAGAGGAGGAGGUGCUGGGGCCUCAUGACGAGGAUUAACCUGGCAACUUGUCGUCUAGCCUUGUGUGUUGGGUUUGUGCAAUGAAGUGAGGUCUUAGUACAAAGCCGAUUGUGUGCUAAUGUUAGCGCUGUCUCUCCGCCCCAUGUUGAGGUAACCAGGAAGCAGGCUUCGUCCUGUACGCUCUCAAUUUACUCUCAGUCAAGCCUAGACAGAACCCAUCGGUUGUACUAUAUUAUUUAUACAUAUAUAAAUAUAUAUAUAAUUAUGAAUAAUAUAUAUCAUGUGUUUUAUUUAUUGCAUUUACCCCCCCGGUCCCCGCCCUCCCUUUUUAUGAUUAGAAACUUCCUCUUUGCAGAUAAUACGUCCAGUGUGAAUAUAUAACUGGGACCAUCAUGUACCACAGCUUUGUGAAGACUGUUUUAGUUGCGCUGUCGGCUCUUGUCAGUAGAUUAAUGUAGGGUAGUUUAACGAGGGCCGGCACAGAUCAUAGCUCAACGUAGAGGUAGUUUCCUGCAGAUGAAGUGUAGCCAAGGUUUUAACUGAGCAGAGGUUUCGAAGGUGCGAGGUUUAAACUCCACUCAGGGUUUAACCUGCGAAAAUAUUUACUGUUUACAGCUGUGGCCAGAGAUGAGCCUAAGACAGAGGGACACAUGUACCUACACACACACAUUAUACACACACACGCACACAACACUACAAUCUGCUCACUGCUGUGUCACAGCCCGAACAUUUCCAAGUCUUCUCUGGUCACAGCUCCACUCAGAGCUUUGAAAAUGUUCAACUAUCAUUAUUGCUUAGUUAUUUAUUCCAGUUUUGUCAUUUUUCCUUGUAUGGUAAAGCCAUGUGUCACCGGGCAGACGGGGGGGAGGCGGUUUCACUGAAGUUGGUUCAAUCUAAGCAGUUUACUCCAGCUUCUCGGCUGUACUCUCACUCUAAUGCUAACUACAGUUUGUGAACCGAUCGCUCUCCCGGCUCCGACCCGUCCACUCCCAUGCCUUCCUGUCUAGAAGGCUUUUAAAAGCAAAACAUACUGUGUGGUGCGUUUGGUUGUUGAUUCCGACACCUAGUCAUAUUUGUGACUUGCUUUCAAAAGCUACGGGUUGGAUUUGAGCCACAUCGCUUACUCUGUCAGUACGGCUACAUCGUGGUGUGUGUGUCAGGCAUCGCUGCUGCUGUCGAACCUGCAUGAGCUUAGAUCUACCACCAGAGAUGAGCCCUUUCACUCUUGAGGAACGCUGGUGUGGAUGAGUGUCAGGGAAUCUGCCCACGUCGUCACAAACAGUCAUUUGUCUGCAGUGAAGUUGUCGAGCACUUUUCACUUCAAUUCCUUUUUGUGCCAUUAGUAUUAGCACUCGACCAAAUUUUGCCUCUUGCCCUCGUGUGAACCUUAUUUUGCCUGAUGACUUUAUCCCUUAACGCUGAGAUUUCACUUGGAUGAGAGGUUUUGCUUCUUUUUUCUUUUAAGCUGUUUACAUACAUCCAUCGUAACUUGUCACCAAAACUGAACUCUGUAUUUUUUUUAUGUUAAAGUUUUGAAAACUUGUAAUAUUAGUCUCCUGAACAACAAACCCAGCAAGGAUGGAAAUUCAUUAUCAGUGGAGAGAAAUAUCAGAUAUCAAAUAUCAAGUGCUGAGAGAUAAACAGGUUUUAUUUGAGGUGAAGUAUCAUGAAUAAAGGCCGUGAAGCAGACUACGCUCACGCUCAGGAACAAGCCGCCGAUGAAAACAAACUGUAAGUGGGAUGAUGAGAAGUUAGUACGUGAAGUUGUUGUGUGAACGUUUUUAAUUGGACUGCCUUUAGUCGUAUGGUUCAGGUUCAUAGGUAGUUUGCAGGAUGGUGUUUGUAACAAGUAGCUGAAGGGCGAGAGAGAAACUGAAGGAAUGAAUUAACCACAUGAAUGUUGUAAUAAUGUUAAUGAAGUGUUUCAUGAUUUCAGCUGCACAUUCUGGACAAAGCCUUAUCUGACUGAUUUGCUAAAUGAAUGUGGCAUUGUUUCCUUCUGUCGAUGCAGUAUUUUUUUUGUUUUCACUGUAAAGUGAGUAUAAAUUGUUAAAUGUGAUAAUUUUAUAUUUUGAGUUGGUGCUUUUCCUGUUGUCACAGAUGGGCCGCUGUCAAAACGCCCUUUCUUUAAACAUUUCAGAGGAAGGCGGAUAAACAACAGAUGAUAUAAACCUUUUACACAACUUUGGCCCCUCGAACUUCCUCUGCACAUUCCCUCCAUGAUCUUUUUUUCUUUGCUGCUUUUGUUAAAACUUUAAGUCAAUGUCAGCCAAACUCCUAUAAGUUUCAUGGAUGCAGCAGCAGCCUCCUCAGACUCCGCCGGUCCCUGUGGACGUAUUGAUGGAGCAGGAUGGGAGGGCCGGCUAAGUUUCUCAGGAGAAAGGAAAAAACAACACAUUCAUCCAUUUUGCCGCUUCGUGUUGUCGCGCAGAGCGGCGGCGUCUUGCUCUUCCUGGGCUUCUCUUGGGCUCUCAGACAAAGAGAAAAUGUCAUUCCUUCACUCUGUGUUCUUACAUCCAGGAGACAGUCGGUUGUAUGAUAUGACGUAGACAUUAUAAAUGACCAUCGUUCUUAUCCGCACUAGCGUUAAUUGUGCCAUUUUAAAUAAAACACAUAUUGUUGUAAACAGAAGAUGUAUCAUCAUCACCUCAGCUCUGGUGGUCCUGCUCUGACAUGUUUCCUCUCUACACCCACGUGUACAUUGGACAGACUGGACUGUUUGUAGUUUUCUGGUAGCUGUGCGUAGUGAAUGUGUUCACCGUUUAGAAACUAAGAAACUUGGAAUAAAUUGUCAAAUGUGUAAAACUCAAAUAAAAGAAUUCAGCACUGUC